UUGAGCUUUGAAGUUUAGAGUCCGCAUGAUAUUGAAAGGCGCAGUAAUUGACCUCAUAACAUUUAUCUUGCCCGUCGUUCAAGCGUGGACGCAUGGUGCAAAGAAACCUUUUCUACUUGGGUGCAAACAUGACCUACUUAAGUCCCCACUCGAAGUUAUUGAUAUGUUUUCGAUUAGUAAAUACGAGCGCAACCUCAAACCAGUCGUUCCUCUGUCUAAGGAUUUGAGAAAUGUGGUGUUGGAGGCGUGCUUACAUGAAUCGUAAGUGAAGCGUAUUCAACACCCUUCAAACUUCAACUGGUCAGCGGCGAAACAUACGGUACCAUGUUUGAACCCAAUUAGAACGUGUUUUUUCGUCACGUGUCCUCGUCUAGACGGAAAAUGACUCAGCGUUCUACACUUCAGUGGAGUAAAUCUCACUUGAGUCGUAGAAUAAACAGAGUACUGGAGACAACAAUCAUUUAUUUCUAAGUUCUUUCCAAGUCUCGGGACGAUUGACAACGAGAAGUGGACAAGAGGUUGCUAGGGAGCUCAAAAGAGUGAUUAAGAGAUUCAGCAAAGACCAGUGCAGCGAAUCGCGAAAAACUUAUUCGUCAUGAAUGAAAAACGUGAGACUUUGAAGAUAUCUCCUUUGGCAGACGAAUGGGGUUCAUCAAAAGGAGGUAUAUCUACACUGAACAGGGAACUUUGCAAAGGGCUGGCUCAGCAACCAAACGUGGUAGUGACCCUCGUAGUACCAAGAUACGACGAAAAGGAGAAGCAAGCAGCUUUAGAACACAACGUACAUCUUGCUGCACCAGAUUCAGUGGUACCUGGGUAUGAUUCCGUCGCCAUGUUAGCCUAUCCGCCUGCUGAUCUCGCUAUUGACGUCGUCAUAGGCCACGGAAGGAAGCUAGGACCACACGCAAGCGUCCUAGCAAUACAAAAGAGAUACAAACGAGUUCACAUUGUGCAUACAGCCAGUGAACAAAUCGCAAUGUAUAAAAACAAAGCCCAAGCGAUAGCUGAAGGCGAUCGCAAGCACCAAGAAGAAGUAGAACUGAGCAGAACGGCUGAUGUCGUUGUAGGCAUUGGACCAAAACUCACUGAAAAUAUCAAAUUCAGUCUUCGUCCUUACAGUAAAGAUCAAGGCGUGUUAAACCUUACGCCUGGUAUUUUCAGCGAAUUUAGUGAGCUACCGCAAGCCAGCGAGGAAAGAGAAUCGUUUUAUACGUUGGUAUUUGGUCGUGGUGACUAUGAAGAUUUUGAGCUAAAGGGCUACGACAUUGCUGCUAAAGCCGUGGCUGGUUUGAAAGACAAGAGUUACCAGCUUGUGUUUGUCGGCGCGCCAGAAGGAGAGGAAGAAAAAGUGACAGACAACUUACUCGAAUGUGGUAUUUCCCGGUCCCAGCUAAGAGUCCGCGGAUUUCGUGAAAGCCGAGAGAUGCUGGGGCAACUAUUCUGUGAGGCAGAUCUCGCCAUCAUGCCAUCCAGGACGGAGGGAUUUGGCCUCGCUGCGCUCGAAGCUCUUUCCGCCGGCCUUCCAAUCCUUGUAAGUGAUAACUCAGGGCUUGGAAAAGCUUUAGCUGGGAUCGCGUUUGGAGCGUCUUCUGUGGUGUACUCCGACGAACACGAGGAAUGGGGUGAAGCUAUCAGGCGCGUCAGAAAGAAACCAAGGGCGAUCCGACUGGAAGAAGCCAGGGAAUUGCGGUCACGCUAUGAUCAGAGAUUCAAAUGGCAAGACCAAUGUGCAGCUCUGGUGGAUAAGAUACGCCAUGUUUUGUAGGCUAUGCUGGGAUUGGACUAAAACUGAGACUAGAUGACUGUUUAAAGGAGCUCAGUCACGGUAUCUUAAGUUACUUUGGCCACCAUAAAACUACCUUUAAAUUAAAGGAAACCUGAAAAUAAUAGUUUACUAAGAUAGCAAAACACCAAAGAGAUAAUAUUGA